UUGAGUGUACAAUUUUACUUACAUGCAGCUAAAUAAUUCAUAUAGCAAAAAUAAAAUUCAUACUAGCUUUAAAAAAUGAGAAACUUGUUUGUAAUAAAUUACUUCAAAUACUGCCUUCUAGUUUAAUUAAAAGCGGCGAAAGUAACUAUAUCACUAAUAUCGUCUCACUUUUUUCUGAUACUAAAUACAUCAAUCAAGGUUUAUGCAACAUUUUCCUUGAAAUAGUAAAAUUUUCGAAACGGAGAAACAAUUGAUACAUAGGUUAAGUUUUUAGUAGAAACAAAUAGCUGUGAAGGAAGACAAUUCAUCUUAAUACGGUGUACAUUGAUUCCACAUUGCAGACGUCAGCAAAGAAGAGAACAAAAGUAAAAAAUUAUUCACAACAUUUUCUUUAAAAUUUGGCAAUUACCAAGAGUAUCAGAUCGAAAUGAACAAUGAGACACUCCUCAGUCAGUUAAUACAAAACUUUCAGUUUCUUUCUGUUUGUCACUACGUAACGAGUUUUGGUAUAUUUUUCAACAAUCAGGAUUUAAUUCCCCUGGAAUAUCAAAAUCAUUCCGUCUCUGUUCUAAACACUCUUUUUGAUUAUCUCCACAAUUCGGAAAAUAAAUCUUCAACCAAACUUGAACUCCUUCAGAGAGUGUUAGCCGGAAGUGAUCUGUACAAUGGGUGAGAAAAUGAAACACUUGACCAUGAUAUACCUGGAUGAUACAUUCCAGUACAUCAUUAGUAAUGCUUUAUUUUCCCAUUAUGAAAACAUUCACGGUUAUUUGGCAGGGGUAAUAAAUCGAGCGGACAACGUAAAAUAUUCGGUACUAAAGAAGAACGUAUUCCAAGAUUUUUUAAAAAAUUAUAGAAGUUUAGAUUACUGCUCAUCUAGAAGAGAAAGUAUUAAACUCACGUCGACAACAGUUCGCAAUGUUUUUAAUAAUUAUAUUUUGUCCAUCUUUCCCGAACCAGCGGAAGAUAUGGAUAUAUUGGAUGUUAAUUACAUAUACGCAAUGAUUAGUUUAAAAAUCGCCAAAUCUAUCCAAGCUGCUGGUAAUCUAUCUUUCGAAAGUUAUAUUCUCCUAUCCCAAGCUAUUCAAUUUCAAACCAUGAAUAACGAAUCAUAUCAAUUGACAUUGGAAUUAUUUAUGGCACCGGCUUUAUUUUACUACGCCCAUAUCAAGAGGGCGAUAUUUCGUCAAGCUGAAGUAUCAACUUUGAUAAAGAGUAAAAAAUUUUGGUACGAGGCGUACAAUAUAUUAUUCCGUUACAUUAAUAUUCUGUUGAGUAGUAGUUUAACAGUAGAAAUUAAGAGGAUUCUUUAUUCGAAAUUACAAAUUCAACUACAACAUUUAUUAAGUCGAACCUGUAUUGCUGCUGAAAUACUGAGAAUCUAUUGUCACUAAUUGAGUAAAGCAGCAGUUUCAGAAAUUUAUACAUAUAGCUUUAUACAAAUUUUCCCGUUGGAUAUUAAAAUUAUUUUUACCAAAAGAAUGCAGCGUUAAUAGAUAGUCUUCCAGAUUUGGAGGAAUUGUACGAUCAACAGUUUGAUAAGGUACAAAAAAAAUUCAAUGAGAUUGAACAAAAUUCGCUGGAGCAGGUAUUGUUAGAUGGUAAAAUGAUAGAGAGGAUGAAUUUAAAUUCGACUGUUAUAAAUGCUAAAGUACCACACUAUGAUAUGUAUUGUAUGUACUGCCCACCGACCGUUGCCUAGAAAAAAGAAUAGUGACAUUUAUCUAAUAUUUGCAAUAAUUGAAAAUAAGGAAACUAAUUUUUAUGCCCUUCGACAGGAAAAUAACACUUUGACUUUACUUAGAAGUGAUGGAAAUAAACGCGAAUUUGCCAAAGCAGUCGCUAAUGAUUUUUCUCUAGAAAUGGAUAUUCCAGUAAUUUCGGAAAUUUAUAAACGAAAUGGUGAAGAUUAUAAGAUAUUUAUAAUUUAUAAGAUAUAAAUCAGUUUUAAAGAUACCUAAUCACCGUACAUGUAAAAUGCAAAAUUCUUUUAUGAUUAGAGGUGCGAGGUUAUGGAAUAAAUUGCCACCUUCGAUUAGAGAUGUAUCACAACAAUUUUCUUUUAAGAAACUAUUUUUUGAAUUGCUAUUUAAAUGUAACAAUAAUUUAUUUGAAAUAACUUAUUGGUAAAUUAAUUAAUAUAUCUAUAUUUUUUUUCUUUUCUUUUUCUCUUCUUGUUAUUUUGUUAUUCUUUAAAUAUAGUUUAUAUAGGAUUAUAAUUACAUUAUAUCCAGUCACAGUUAAUAACUUGAACCAAAGUAACAAUAUAUGUAAGCUAAAAGCAUAUUAUAUUAUAAGAUUAAUUUAUUUUUAUUUUUAAUACUCAGUAUUCUAAUAUUACUAUUAUAUAUUUUUUUUCUCUCCUUUUAUGAUACAAUAUAUCAUUUAAAUAUGUAUAUUAUGUACUGUUCCUUGGAGGGCUAAUUAGCCCAAGGAACUUUCAAAAGUU